AUGGAGACGAUCUGGUAGCACAAGCAGCUAUUUUCUUCACAGCUGGUUUUGAAACCUCUUCAACGACAAUGGCUUUCGCUUUGUACGAACUCGCAAUACAUCCGGAAAUGCAAGACAGGCUUAGAAAAGAAAUUCUUGAUGCGCUCGACAAAACUAACGGCAAAAUCACAUACGACAUGAUCUUUUCGCUAUCGUAUCUCGACAUGAUAGUAUCCGAAACUUUGAGGAUGUACCCGCCGUUACCGUUCCUAGAUCGCAAAACAAUGGAUACCUACAAGAUGCCGAAUUCCGAUCUAC